AUGACUUCGCUACCCUCACCGAACUACGUGGACGUCCCCACUCACCGUCUCGACCGCUACAAGCGCCUUGAGCAAAUAAGGCAACAUUUUUGGAAUAGAUGGUCAACUGAAUACAUGGCUGAACUUCAACAAAGAACCAAGUGGAAGUCAGUAUGUGAACAACUUCAACAAGGUGAUCUUGUUAUCAUAAAGGAGCAACAUACUCCACCACUGUGCUGGCGUCUCGGACGAGUUGACAAACUGUAUCUAGGAUCCGAUGGCAUCGCCAGGGUUGCCGAUGUCAAAACUGCCAACGGCGUGGUUCGCCGUGCACUCAACCGCCUCUGCAAGCUGCCUGAUUCCGAAGCCUAG